UUAUUUUUACAAUAAUUUGGGUUUGGUUUUGCAAGAUUGUAUUUUGUAUUGAUAUUUCAAUUGCAUCCGCUAUAUGGGAAUUGUGGGCUUGUAAUUGAAAAUCGCAAUUGUGGAAAAAUACAAAAUGUCUGUAGACUCUGAUGAAAAAGUUGAGUUAGAAAAUGUAACAGAGAUCAUUGAUCGUCUUACGCAUGAACUCCGAGAAUUGUAUGAAUUUAGAGAUCUAUUCUUUGAAAACCAUCCUCUUGAACUGGCAACUGAAAAAAAUAAGUUGGUAGAAGAGAAAAAGAAUUUGCUUGUGGAAAAAUUUGAAGCUAUAGAUGUUGACACACAAAUCCCCUUUUCUAUGCGAGCCCAAUUUCUCUAUUUAAAAGGUAGAUGUUACAACAUCAGUCCUGUGUAUGACUCUAAAGCGUCGCAAUGUCUCAGCAAGUCAGUAAAAUUGAACCCAAGUCUCGGAGCUGCGUGGAAUGAAUUAGGGGAAUGUUAUUGGAAAAAUAUGAAUGUCAAAGAUGCCAAAGCUAGCUUUGAAGGUGCACUGAAACAUGAACGGAAUCGUCUCUCUCUUCGUUGCCUCUCAAUAAUUCUCCGACAAGAAAGUGGUAACAGAAAACGUAAUGAAGCAACUGCUCUAUUAUUGAACAGUGUUGAAAUGGCUAAAGAGGCUGUAGCCCAGGAUAUCAAAGAUGGUACAUCAUGGAUGGUACUGGGCAAUGCAUAUCUAUGCCAAUUCUUUACCGUAGCACAGGAUCCUGCUACAUUAAAAUUAUGUAUGAGUGCUUAUAAGCAAGCUUGGUUGGACCCAAUAGCAAGGGGGCAGCCUGAUUUGUAUUAUAAUAAAGGAAUUGCUUUAAAAUAUGAGGAGAUAUAUAACGAGGCACUCCAGAACUUUGAUCAUGCAUGUCGGCUGGACCCACUUUGGGAACCCCCACAAUUGGAACGCACGAAACUGGCUAAUUAUUUAAAGGAUACAAAUGAAUUAGUGCGCACACGGGGUAAAUUGAAGACUAAACGAUUGACACAAUUGGUGCAGAGUAUGGAUAAGAAGAUGUUAGGUGCAUACAGUCCAGGCACAUUCCACACAUUCGGGUCUCGUCGUGACGUCACGUUGGAGUUGUGCAAGUUGGAUAACUUGGUGGAAGGUGUCAAUGAAGGCAAAGUGGUGCUUGGCAGAGUGGUCGGAUCUAUACACAAUGAGAAUGCUGUACCUUUUACAUUCGCGAUAGUUGAUGAGAGUUUAACGUGCGUGUGUGUGACUGUAUACAACUGGGCGGAUGGACGUGGAGCCAUCAUUGGUGACUGUGUCACUAUACCGGAACCUUAUAUGACUACGCACAAACAUGAGUCUGAUUUAGCGACGUACAAUUUCAAAUCAUUAAGACUCAACAAUCCGAUGCUAUUAUUGGUUAACGGAAAGAGGGUAGGGAGAAAUCAAUUUGCCUGCACGCGUGUAACCAGCACAUAUGAAUUGCACUGACUAGCAAAACAGUUGAGGGAUCUGAAAUUAUAAUAAAAUAGAUAUUAAAAUAUCUAUUUC